AUGGGGUUUGAUUUUGGGUUUGAUAUGGAGCCAGGGCACCACCGACACUGCGCUGGCCGCAGCCCGGCGCACGCAGCUACAGCCCUCCUCCCGCCCCAGCACAGAGACCCGCCCGAACCCCCACCGCCUCCACCCCGCAACGCCCGUGACGCGCCGCGGACGGGCAGCAGCGAGAGCCAAUGGGCGCGCCCCGCCGCGCCGGCGUCAACCAAUAGGAGCGCGCGCGGUAGGCGUGGCUCGGCGGAGAGCGUUGCGGCCGUUGCGAACGAUGAGGGAGCGUACCGCGCUCUCCGGCGCCUGCCCCGCUCCUUUCCUCCUUCUGGGGGCGGCGGCUGCCGGGAGCCUUACCUGCGGCGGACAUGGCGGAGGGGGCGGUGGGGCGCGGGGCCCAGAUCGGCUCGGGGGGGGUGGGGGGAGCGGCGGCGGCGGCGGCACAGGCAGGUGCGGCCGGAAAACGGCGUUGGAAACGGAAGCGGCUUCUCCGACUGUGGAAGACAAGCAUCUACAAGCUCCAUCUUGAAUGACAUCAGUGUGGUACAUCCAGUUUCUUAUGCAACUGACUCUUCAUCAGAACAUGUCGGUGUUUGCUGCUGCUUCUUUUCACUUAAACUGCAGGUGUGGAAGUGCACUCUUAAACUGCAGGAGUCUCUUCAGAUGAUACGUUGUGAAACCUUAUCCAUUCAUAAUGAAGUAAUUAAAGGCAAAUGUCUUCAGUCAGUGGAGCUGGAUAACUUGCAUUUCAGAAAUUAAGAGAAGUGCUGAAGAAUCCUUAUGACCAAUAACAUUGGGCACUAAAAAAAUUUCAGGGGAAUGCUGUCAAGCUGGUACUUAAAAACACAACGGGGACGAGCUGGGUGGACAACUGGUCAGCCUAACUUUAAUCCAGAAAUCAGAACACCUAAUACAUGCUUCUGUCACCAAGUAAAGAAUUAAAGGAGUGAAAUGUAAUUAUUGCAAUUCAAAUAGCUUAAUGGAAAUCAGUGCUAAGCUUGCUGCCAGCUCUUGGUGCCCUGUUCCCCAGGAGCUACCUAGUUAGGAGGAUCGUCAGGUCAAGAGAAGGCUCCAACUCCAAUAAGUGGCAGAACUAACAGCAUAGCACUUAGGAGAUCAAAUUUAUAAAACUAAACAAGUGUAAACUGCUAACUGGGGAUGCCUGACAUACCUAUGAUCCAGAAAGUAUGUGCUUAUUGGAAGCCACAUAAAAGCUCCAAAACACCUAUGUGAGUGGCUGCCCAGUCCUGAAAGUGCUGUCAUCUUUUUAAGUGUCUCCACCCAUGAUGCUAUCACUGCCCCAGUGCAGGCAUGCAAUUGUGUGCAUAUCUCUUGGUCUUAAUGAUUGUCAUCCAGCUUCUGUGCAACGGGCUCUUGGAAAGGGAUGGUCUUGGAGAUUUGGUAAUGGGAUAAUGGGAUUGUUCCUCAUUGCCAAGAUGCACUCUCACAGGCUGAAUUUGAAACUGGUACUAAAACAGCAGUUGUGGCUAUUGCUUCCCUUUACUAAAAUACCACAGUGGUAGAAGCCUGUGUGAGUAGUGGAAAUCCAGCCCCACACACUGCAGGGAUGGGAAAAGCAGCCUGGCACCACCCCAGUGCUCCUCCUGUGCUGCUUCCUCCACAUAUAGUGCUGCUCUGGGUACAUUGAAGAGCCAGGUUGCCAAGAAGAGGCAAAAUGAGAUGGAUGGCUGUAAUACAGUGACCAGACCAUUGGGGAAGUACUUUGUUUCCCAGAUAUGUAAGUGUUACAUAGAGCAGCAGAUGAAAGCACCAGAGGUACUCCCAAGAGUACUAACAUCACUACGUGAAAAGAAUUCUUACGUUUGUCCCUUUUCUGAAACAAGACUUGUGUGGUGGAUGUGGAAAUGAAGACAUUCUUCAUGUUUGCUAGUUCAAACAGAAUCCCAUUUGACCCAGUAUCUGGGCUGAAUUGCCAAGCCUCUGUAAAUACCACAGAUAAAGCCUGGAGGUAGCUUUGUUGUGGGGGGUACAUACGUGUGUAUUUGAAUUGCACCCUACAGAGAAAGUACCAAUAUUUUUGAUGCAGCACAUAUGUUAUAACACCCAUGUUCUUUUUAUCUUAGAAACAAAAAACCAACCCUUUCACUCUCCUUAGUCUUCCCAUGCACAUUCCCUAGAUAGCAUGAUAGGAUGCUUUGCUGAGCCAGACAGUGCAACCUGAGAAGAGCUUGUGUAUGCAGUGAUAGUGCUUAUAGUAUCUUGUUUGUAUUAUCACUGGAUGGGUUUGACUGUGGUAUGCUAUGUACACAUAUCCAGUGGUACAUGCCGAAGCCUGGACUUUGCAAAGACAAAAGUCACUGACUUCACAUAGCAUUAAAAAAAAACCUGGGUAUAUUUUAUGAAGUCUAAUGUUUAAUUUUCUUCUCACUGAGCAUAAAAAAAUAGACAAGUAUGCAGCAAGCAGAUUGUGCCUGCCUCUGUGGGUUAACUUCUUCCUACAGUUCUUGCUUAUCUGUAUUUCUGGAUUGGAAGAGGUGUAUAAUACAUCAGCUGAUGAUCUACGUAACCAUUUAAUACUUGACCAUCUGGUUAAAGCAGAUCUUACGUAAACUGAUUCCCACUGGGAGACUACUCUAGUACCACACCCAUGGGGAAAUCUUCAUAUCUUGGCAUGAUUUCAGAUAACUCAGCUGCAUUCCCCAAGGCUGAUUUUUUCUACACUAAGGCACUAGAACUCUCUGUCUUUCAGCUUUUCUUUCCACAUGCAUUUUUUUUAAGAACUCGUGUACAGAGUUGAAAAGCUGACAGAAUGACAGAUGAAACAAAAGCUUCUUCCCUUCCCCUUCACUUGCAGGCAUGCAAUUUUAGAACGUUUAGAGAACCUAGCUUCCAGGCCCAGUCUUCUCAAUCUCCCAGGAACCAAACUGACUUAAGUUUAAGGGAAAACAAAGAUUAAAUAGUUUGCAAUGUUUAAUGCCCUGAGACUUACUUUUGGUAAUACCGUACUUCUUGUUGAGUAGAUUAGAGUUCACAUUUCAUGACAAGCAAAGGGAAAGUGUGAUUUAAUUGCAGUCACGUUUAUUUGCAGUUUCUAUACACACUUUCUAGGUAAUCAAACUUUUCCGACACAUUUUUUGAGAGGGGUUCACAAUGAAACUGUCACCGUUUUUACUAAAAAUAAAUACAAGACUUAAAGUGUUGCACAGCUCUAAAAUAUACAAAGGCUUGGAUUUAAUGUAAACUUUGAAAACAUUUUACAAAAGAAACCAUCUUUGCAACAAUUUAAAAAGUUCAUAUUUACAAAUAUUACAAAAAUACAAAAUGGAUGCAAGUCCAUAAACCAUUGUCUUUUCUGCCAGCAUGAACUGGUGCUAGUACCAAAAUAGUUACACUGUAACCUUCUUAAUUUUUUUAAAAUUCUUUAAGUCUUAACCUACAGUAUUUCUCUAUAUCUGCCACCACUGCAGCAAAUGCACUCAAUCACUGACCUUUGGCAAAAGCACAUAUAUGCUUUAUUUGCUACAACUAGCCCAUCUCCUCUAUGCUGCCACAAGAAAAAAAAAAAAAAAAAAAAAAAAAAA